AUGCGUGUCGUUAGAGUCCGCCUCACAUAUCUGCGCAUACAAGACCGUCGCAAAUAUCAUCCCAAAACAUCAAAGUUCCAAGACGCCCGACGAAAAUUGAGCACAGUUUCCGAGUGCAAUAGCACUACCCUCGACGGGUUGGAUCUCGAGUCGAAGCUCAAUCGGCAUGACUCGGAACCGGAAUGUCCCAUCUGUAUCGGUCCACUGUUCGUCUCAAGCAACUGCAAUGCUGCCGGAGCAGUACCGACGCAAGGGAUCACCCUGAAGGCCCCCGAUUCCGGUGGGCACACCCGUGUUCUAGAAGGAAGUGGGGAAGAGACAAGCCGGUCUACGGUCGGAGGUACGGAUGAGGUUCGUGAUGUGAAGGCCAUACUGCGAAGCUGGAAUAUGCCGUGGCCGUGGAAGAGAAAAUUGUCCGCGUCUGCAAGUGAACCGUCCGAAGAUGAUAUCUUGACGCUAAAGAACUGCCAACAUGCUUUCCACGCCAAGUGUCUCUCGUCGUGGUUCUUGAUUGAAAGAUUUGAUUGUCCCGUUUGCCGAAGUCAAUAUUGGCAGACGCGGGAGACCCGAGCGAGGGCAGCGACCGCACCGGCACCGCCGGUGCCGGAGGGCGGGUCCGCUGAAGACGGACCCGGUAUCACACCACCAGUCCCGGCUCGGCUUGCGGCCGGGCGGAUGGCAGUGCGUGUGAUGUGA